AUGGGGCGGAGGCGUAAAACCACUGGUUGGUAUCCCAAGAAGAAGAGGACGACGGCAUCGGCAAAUCGAACCACAGCUGUCCAGCGACGCGCCCCUGGUCUGGACGCACAAGCCAAAGCGCGCCUCAAACGCGGAUUUAGUAUUUUCGGUUAUCCGAGAAACCCAUCCCCCGAGGAACUCGAAGAACUCACCGAACAGUGGCGGACGGUGAGACUGGAGUACAUUGGGCAAGCCAAAAGGAUACUACAAGACAUGCAAGACAUACGGCCUUUCCGUGUACAGAAGCUCAUCCGCAAUCUGUGGUGCCAUACGGACAUCUUGCAGGCGGCCCGGUUUGAUUCGACGGUAACGCGGGACGACGCGCUCGCCGAGCCGGUUGCGGAAAUUGCGAACGAGGUGGCCUCCGCUGGGACUGUAGAGAAACUGGCGAUCGACAUCACCCUGGCCUCCCAAGGCUGGCUCUCCGAAAGCACGUCGCGACCUCGCCAUGUCAUGAUCCUGCAAGACGAGUUCCCUGAGCGGGGGUACAACCUACAGUGGAACAGCAAGGUGUUCCUACAGACGACCCACGUCGUAAUCGAACCACUCCUGUACAAGUUCUACCACAUGCUCCCCAUGAAGGGUCUCAAGACGUUGUUCCCGCGGAUGCGAGUUUGUUGCAUCCAAAUCCUUGUGACGGAGGAUGUACCCCGGGCCCUCGCGUUCGUCCAGGAUAUGUUGUUUGUCGUGGAAAAGCUUGUGGUAUCCAUAAACGCAGUACGGGGUUGGUACUGCUGCCGCGAUCAGCCUCUCUGGAGCGUACUCCGAGCAUUAGCGAAGACCCAGCCUAAACUCGUUCUGGUUCCUCAUAAACUCGACAUGAAGCAAGAGUGGAGGAAGAUCCUUACUGACCAGAAGAACAUCUGGGACGCGGAGGUGGAUGAGGACGAGUACGAGAAGCUUCCUACAAUAGCCGAACGUGAGGAGUACUGGACGAGGAUCGUCAGGAGCGGCAUGUGGCACGACAAAGAGAAGGUCUACGUAGAGGAGGAGCUUCUGGCUCGCCACCCCGAGGAAGCGAAUCCUGCAAAUGCUUCUGCAUGGAUGGAAGAGGCCCAGAAGCACUUCGACGACAUUGCUUUGCCGGGCGCACGUACACCCAUUGACGAUCUGGAAGCAAUAUGUGAUCCGUAUAGCAUGAUGGGUAUUUCACUCCCUUGA